GACCCGCGGCUGACGGCGGCACCGGGCGCCGGGCACCGCUUCGAGCCGCGGCGCCGCGGGCUCCACACCUGGUGCGACCUCUGCGGGGACUUCGUCUGGGGCGGCGGCAGGAAGAGCCUCCAGUGCCGCCACUGCAGCUUCACCUGCCACUACCGCUGCCGGGCCCUGGUGCGGCUGGGCGGCCGCGGGCCCCCGGGCGCCGACGACGAGGACGAUGGCAGCGAGCAGGCGCUGGAGAAGGACACCAACGUGGAUGAGCCCAGCGAGUGGGAGAAGACAGAGCUGGACCAGGCGCAGGUGGAGCAGCGGAUCAAGGAGUACAACAGCCAGAUCAACAGCAACCUCUUCAUGAGCCUGAACAAGGACGGCUCCUACACCGGCUUCAUCAAGGUGCAGCUGAAGCUGGUGCGCCCCGUCUCGGUGCCGGCCACCAAGCGGGUCCCCUCCCUGCAGGCGGGGCGGCAGGGGCCGCGCACCCAGGGGGUGAAGCGCCGCACGUCCUUCUACCUGCCCAAGGGGACCGUCAAGCACCUGCACAUCCUCUCGCACACCCGCGCCAGCGAGGUCAUCGACGCCCUCCUCCGCAAGUUCACCGUCGUCGACAACCCCCGCAAGUUUGCCCUCUUCGAGAGGUCCGAGAAGGAUGAGCAAGUGUACCUGCGGAAGCUGGCUGAUGAGGAGCAGCCCCUGCGCCUGCGGCUGCUGGCCGGCCCCAGCGAGAAGGUGCUCAGCUUCGUCCUGAAGGAGAAUGAGACCGGGGAGGUGAACUGGGACGCCUUCACGCUGCCGGAGCUGCACAACUUCUUGCGCAUCCUGCAGCGGGAGGAGGAAGAGCACGUGCGCCGGCUGCGGCACCGCUACGCUCGCUGCCGCCAGAAGAUGCAGGAGGCUCUGGCCACGCGCACCCCGGGGUGACCGCGAUGACCGCGCCCGCGGC